CUGUGCGGCCCCAGAUUCUGCCUUCCAGCUCACAUCGACGGAGUGAUUCUGUUGAGCGGUGCCAAACAUUGGCUACCCUUCAGACUCCUUUAAGCCUUGUUGGGGAAUUUCAACCAAAGAAACUUGUUUCCCGUUUUAGCCUGCUAUUCAGUGAGAUUCAGUCAUUGUUGUGUAAAGAGUAUUAAGGUCUGGGAGUGUGUGUUGGGUAGACCACCCUGUAUGUUAAGCAGCUGCUCUUCAUUGUGCUGGCACCUGUAAUAACAGGAGGCCUGACUGGGCAGCGGCCAGUAGAGGCAUGGACCAUCUCCAAGCUUAUUCAGGAGGGCACAAUAUAACAGAAUGCCCAGACGCAAGAUAGAACUGUGUUGUCUAGAACCGACUCUUGUGUGAAGUAGAAUCUCUUAUCUAAGGUUAUUUGUGCAUGUUAUUAUUUCCUUGUGGUUAAGGUUGGGGCAGGAUAAGAUGAUCCUAGAUCUGUUCAUGUUUCCCUAAAUUUUGUCUCCUUCAACAAAGAAAGUGGCCAGCACUGGUCACUGCACCCAGACUAUGUUCAACAUUCACACUGAAAGAAUGAAACCCGUGACAGAUGGAAAGAGGCUUGCCCUUUCCUUCAGUUAUUUUCAGCCUCUCGCCGUUUCUGGAUGACAUACCUCUGUCUUCUGUUGGAAACACUGCUUCAUUAUGUGUUUGCAGAUAAAGAAGUGAGAAGCAUCAAUGCUGUGAUUUUAUGUCCAGUUCAUCAGUGGGGGCUCAAAUUGGUAACUAAGUCCCUGCAUCUGGCACACACCCCUCCCAGCUGCUUUGCUUUCCAGCUGUGUGUGUGUGUGUGUGUGUGUGUGUGUGUGUGUGUGUGUGUGUGUUUACCCCUUGCUUUAGUUGGACUGAGCUGUUGACUUUGAACCAAUCAGAUUCGCCCAUGGUAAUUCCUGGAAGGGCAUUACCACUCAGACUGGAUGUGUGCAUCAAUGUGAGUUUGAGAGACGAAAGACUAACAGAAGAAAGAGCAAGGAAGGGAGCUAGACCAAAAAAAAUCUAAUUUGCUCCAGAGUUACAACUUGCUCUCUCCCUGUCACACAUUCUGAAGAUGGACUACAGCUGUUCUAAGCUAGAGACACCCAGAAAGCCUCUCCGCUACCUCAGUAAUGAGGAGGCUGCGGUCUUGGAGGCAGAGUUAUUGAGAGAGUAUCGCUUUGGACCGCAGCAACUGAUGGAGAUCUGGGGCCAUGCCUGUGCCAUCGCUAUCACCAAGGCCUUCCCCCUGAGUUCCCUCAAGAGGCAUCCUACAGUGUUGGUGAUCUGUGGUCCCAGUCAGAAUGGCUGUAUUGGUCUGGCCUGCGCUCGCCACUUACGCAUGUUUGACUAUAUGCCCACAGUGUACUACCCCAAGCGCUCUACUCUGGCCCUGCACCGGGACUUUACAGUACAGUGUGAGAAAACGGACAUCCCUUUCCUCUCAUUUCUUCCCGCAGAGGUGCAGCUGAUAAACGAUGCGUAUAACCUGGUGGUGGAUGCCAUCUUGGGGCCAGAGACGGAGCCGUCUGAUAUCAGUGAGCCCUACAGCAGCAUCCUGCUCGCCCUCAGACACAUCCGUAUCCCCAUCGCCAGUGUGGACAUCCCCUCAGGGUGGGACGAGGCCAACGUUGACUGUAUAAACCCGACAGUGCUCAUCUCCCUCAUGGCACCAAAGAAGUGUGCCGUCGGUUUCAGUGGGACACAUUACCUGGUGGGACGCAUCCUGCCCUAUGACAUCCAGAGGAAGUAUGAGCUCAAUGCGCCAGACUACCAUGGCACAGACUGUCUGGUUGAGCUAGGGUAAACAAACAGAUGCUCUGUUUUUCCAAGGGUUUGAUCAAAUAUUUAGAAGUGUAGACCUUCCUUCAUCCUUGAGGUUAUCUACUGAGUAAAUAGUAUUGCUUUCACCAAACAUUUCACAUCAGAUCAAGGGAAGAAGGAAGGAUGCCUUAUUUGUAAUGAGUAUAUGUAGCAGAUAUCUCUUAGUGUAACAAGGAAAUAGAGCUUUCUGUAUAUUCAUCUCAGAAAACCGGUCAGAUUGACCCGCGAGGUUCUAAACCGUGAGGAAGUUUGCACAGGUGUAUAAGAUAUGAUGUAACGUUUGCCAAAAUAAACAUGAGCUGUUAAUAAUU